UUUUGCGUGAUAUUUUUGAAGGUCUGUGGUGAAGGAAGUGAAUUUUUGCGCAUCAAUAGUCGUGAAACCGUGCGACUUGGAUUCCCAGAGCAGUGAAGAGUUGAAUUGUUGGCGAUUUUUGUAGCAGACGGAAGUCGUAUUAACUCGGGGGCUGCAGUGCGUACGGCGGUAGUCUGCGGUGGAUUAUUCCGUUCCCGUCCCAGUUUUAUGGCGAAUGUGAAUUUUUCUUGAAUUACAAAUCUACCGCGACUCCGGGGUUUACACAACUUACCGGUGUGUUCGUGCAGUGACGUGAUCCGUAAAUAUUGCGCACGUGGUGUGUGUGCGUACGACGACGAACAAGGCGAAGAGAAAUAGAAGAAUAAUAUAAAUGUACACCGCCCGGAGGUUCAGUGAAGUGCGAUAGGCUACUAAAGAAAGAAAAAAUAAGGCAAAGCAGUGGAAUUAAAAGUUUCUUCUCUGGUUGUCGUGUUUACGCGAUCGGCACAUUUUUGUGAUUGGAAUUUUCUCCAGUCCAGCAAUUUGGGGGAAAGUUUUCUCUUGUAGCCAGCCGGCCAAAACACAGAGGUGUGCAAAAAUAAUAUUGGAAUCGAUAGUACUCUGCUCCAAUCGGUUGGAAAAUUUGCAGGUACGGAGCAGUUGAAGAGAAAGUGCAAAUAAGUGCCGAGAAGAAGUGGAAAAUCCAGAAACCGUACUCAAGGAAACUAACAAAAACAUACGAACAGUUCAGCAAGUGGAUUGGGGAGUCUCGCCCAGGGUCCAGUCAUAUAGCAACUAUAGCAGGGUGAAUUGGAGGCUCGUCGGGAGCUCCGGUAAUUACCCUAUCACAGACGCAUCACAAGUUUUUGCAGUAGCAACAGCGGCACAGCCAACAUUUCCGGAGGGGAACGUCCAAAAGCCAAUGAUUAAAUGGACGCUACAUCCAUCAUUACGCAAGUUUCGCGCGAUGACGAGCAGCAACUGAAUAGUAGCUAUCCAGGCGAAAAAGUGAACAAUGUAGAUAGGCUAAAACCGCCCAAACGGGGCUUCUUCGAGACGAUACUCUGCUGCUGGCGGAACGCCCGCACGAAAAGCAAUCAAAAUGGAACUCCCAUCGAUGGUUCGAUCACGCCCCCGCCAAUCCAGGGUCAGCCCCGGUAUCUGCUGCCACAGGUCCGACACUCGGAUAUGCACCGGAAGUGCAUGGUGAUAGACUUAGAUGAAACACUAGUGCAUAGCAGUUUUAAGCCAAUUCCAAACGCCGAUUUCAUAGUGCCAGUUGAGAUAGAUGGAACCGUGCAUCAGGUGUACGUCCUGAAGCGACCGCACGUCGACGAGUUCCUGAAGAAGAUGGGCGAACUGUACGAGUGUGUGCUGUUCACGGCGUCGCUGGCCAAGUACGCCGACCCGGUGGCGGACCUGUUGGAUAAGUGGAACGUGUUCCGGGCGCGGUUAUUUCGGGAAUCGUGCGUCUACCACAUGGGCAACUAUGUGAAGGAUCUGAACAAACUAGGGAGAGAUUUACAAAAGAUAGUUAUUGUUGACAAUUCACCUGCUAGUUAUAUUUUCCAUCCGGACAAUGCUGUGCCAGUGAAAUCGUGGUUCGACGACACGAGUGAUUCGGAAUUGUUAGAUCUAAUACCAUUGUUUGAAAAGCUAAGCAAAGUCGACUCUGUAUAUACCGUAUUAUGUAACUCGAGUUCGCAGUCGCAACUGCAGUCGUCGCUGCAGCACCUGCAGCACCAGUCCAGCCAGAAUCAGCUGCAGUCCAGCCAGCAACAGCCCAACUCAACCGAGGUCAACAACACGUAACAUUGGCAGCACAUGUUCGUCAAAAUCGUAUGAUUAAUUUAAUGUGGAAACCGUGAGAAACAGUUUUUUAUCAGUUGUUUACUAUUUUUAUUUUAAAACAAGUUUUUAAAUUAAAUCAAACUAAUUUAAAGAAGUGUACUAUGCCUUUAAAUCAAAUGGCAAAGCGAUUUAUGUGCAACAAAUUAUUUCAAAGCUUUAGGAUUUUACAAAACAAACAAAAUUCGAUCAGUUAGGCGAAAUCAAAUUUGAAAACAUUUAUUUAUGUACCACGCGACUAGUAGUAUAUGCAUGUACCUAACAAAUGUAUAAUUUUGAGGCGAAUGAAAUCAAAAACAUAUAAUUGACUAUACGCUUUUCAAUGAGUUUGAAGUCUAAAGUCCUAGGAAGUAUCAACUAACAGUUGCUUGGUUUCUGUAAUGUAUAGACUUCGCACGAUGCCAUUACUUUGUCAAAUCUAGAUUCAUCUGCUUGUUUGGACUAACUAUCAAACUGGUCGGAUCAAAGUUUGACAAAUGAAUUGUAGUGUGUGCUUUCCAGUCCCGUAAUACACACUGCCUCUGAAAAACAUGAAGACGAUUAAAAAGCCGGUACACAUGGAAGGAUGCUGUUGAUGAUGGAUCGAAUGUAGACGGAGGAUAGUGAUGCAGUAAACAAUAUCUGACGAAGAACGAUUGACGCUGUCACCGUCGCGAGCGAGCGUAUAAACCCGCGAAAGAUAAAUAAUUGUGCAUGUGUACACAAGGGAUCAGAUAGCGAUAGGAAGAACAAUGUAUAUCAUCAUACAUAUCACCACUUUGUAUCAUGAAGUCAGUCACGGAAGAAGGACGGACAUGCUUAGAUGUUCUGUUUCCAGUGAUUGGCUAAAGUUGGCGAGAUUAGGGAUUAGCGGCAAAAGAGAGGUUUUGAAAUAAUAUUUCAUAUGGUAUUUUAUGUGAGGUGUGGAAGAUUACGCUCGAUAAAGAUGUACCCAAUAAUUCUAGAGCUUUGGGCAUAAGUCGUGUGUACUUUCGUGGAUAUAGCUCAGUGUAAAAAGUUGCAUGAUGCACAUCGAAAUGUUACCGAAAGAAGCACAUACGAUCUAUUCCUAAAUCAUUCAAAAAAUGGUUGCAGCGGAAAAAGUUCUUCCAUCAUUGUUGUUUGGUAGGAAAGUAAUUGUCAGUGUACGUUGGAUCAGUUAUCUACAUGAUCAGCAAUAUACAAUUGUAUUGCAAAUAGGAAUGUAAUCGUAAUGAUGAGUUCUUGCAGAAUAUCAGAGCAGAUAAGAAAUAUCCCUAGAAACGAACAUCAGGAGGGUUUUACACUAUAUAGGUGAUGACUUAUAGAGUUGGUACCCUGAACAAUAAUUUUAUACUAUCCUACAAUCGUUAUAAUCCGUUUACAUUCAUCUCACAUCAUAAGCAUCCGAUAAAUUGAAAAUGCUACCAAGAAAUUGACCACAAGUUGAAUCUAUUAGGGAAAUCGAGAUGAUACAAAACUCAAAUGCAACUAAUCUGCAACUAGUAGAUAGCUAAACCGGUAGAACGGAAUGUUCUACACACUUUAUUGAAUCAAAUAUCUAAACCGAAAUCAACUUUUAGAGCAGUGUGACUUUGUCUAAAAACUUAUAAGAAAUCAAUGCAAAAGCAAAGCAACUCACACGGAACACCAAAUCAACGUGAAUUGAGACGAAAACGAUCGCUACUAUUUAUAUUAUCACAAUACACAAAUACGAUACUACUAUUCCUGCAUAGCAAUUUUUCUAUACCACACUACUACUACCUCUAUCGUAGGAAAACUAAAGAAUAAAACCUGGUCCAAGAAAUCUUUCAAAUGGCUACACAACUUUAUCCCAGCUAUAACGAACACAAACUAUAAAUUCUUCAAACUGAUCAGGGGAGACGUUGUUAUAGAAAUAAUUGUUUUUGUUUCACAUUUACUUUGAAAUGUAAAUUGAUAAUUUAAAAACUGUGCAAAUACGUCAUUGUUGCAUUUAGCUAAGCAGCGCGUUUCGCUUCUGUUGUUUCUGUUCCGAUCAAAGCGAGUAAAUUAGUUCCCAUAGUAAUACCGUAAACCAUAUUCAAUACAUACACACAGACAUACAGACACACAACAAGCACCAGUUGAAGAUAGUCGUCGAUCGAUAUAUUUUCUGAGUCCAUCUGAGUGCAUGCGAAGAAAGCGAAGAUUUAUGAUGACGUUAUGACAAAUAAUCGUAGCAAAUCAGGCUAGAGAACGUAGCGAAAUCUAGGCGGGGAAAGCGCGAAACUUAGUGGGUUUUCCCAUUCAACAGCAGUUUUUUUGUAAGUAUUUUGCGGUGGUAGUGAAAACCGCAUCCGUGAACAGUGCAGAUUGACUACAGUGAAAUCGAAAGGAAUUCAGUAUAUAUUUUCAUAUACCCAAUAUGGAUGGAAAAGAACAAAAAAAGGACGAUAUAGUUGCAGCAGUAAUAUAAAGUUAGUAAACUAACGAAAUGCUCCCAUGCCGUUCUCACCGCUACCGGUUACCCGAAGGUUGUUACUAAAUAUAUAAAAACGUGUUCUUGAGCGCGAAAGGCAUGUGCACAUGCUUUAAUCUGAUCAACCACUUAUUUUUACAUGACGAGUAACUUCAUUUAGAAAUAAAAAAAAAAGAUGAUGGCAAGAUCUAUUCGGACAACAGUUCCCAAUGUUUGAUGUCAAAUAAUAGGAAUGCUGAUGAGUAAUGACGGCAUGGAAGGGAAACAAGACGAGCUGUCCAAGUAAACUUGUUUUCAAUGAUCGAAUGGGAAGCGUAACGAAACAUUUCUCAUUUAAAAAAAUGCCGUCGAAACCGACUUGUAUGGAGCUUUAAAUAUUUAAAAUUAGAGCUGAUUUGAAAUACUCUUUUUGUAAAGCAACUUACCUCCAAAUUUUGAUAAUAAUUAUUUGAUUAUUCAAAACAUUUUUUUAUCAUUUAAUUUAUUCAUUAGGCUCAAUUGUUUAGUAAAAACUCUACGAAGCCGAAAACAUUACAAAUAACUUGAAUAAAUUAUUCUGAAAAAGUGCCAGAUGCUUUUCUUCAGGAGGUCUUCUUUGGUGGAGAUCGGUCAAAACGAUCCCGUCGCUGACUCGUCGACUGCGCUUGCUACUUCCGAUGAUCUUCCAAUCCGCUCGACACACAAAGCAUUUGUUUAGCAAAUCGUGAUAAACCACCUUUCCUUUCCAAUUCGAUUCCUUUUUCACAUCGAUCAACGCCGUUGUACAUGUAUGUGGUCCAGACCUAAGUUUGGCGGGAUUUUUUCCGAAUCACACGAUCCACUUCCCCGUACUCCAGAAAGCACUGUUUAAGCUAAUUAUUAGGCACCUUCGGUGGCAAGUCAAAUUCUCGAACGUAACAAACAUUGUUACCGGCAAUAGCCAGUAAUGGAAUCUUCGUUUUCAUGUACCAUGCACAUGGUUCCAUGUUCUUCUUCAGUAACUCCUGCAUUGCAUGCAUCGAAACAAAUUUACUAAACAGCGAACGAUUAAUCAAUGUUGUAUACACAGUGCCUAUGUUUGUCACAAUCCAGAAGCAAACUAACAGACGUUCGUGCGCAACGAGAGCAAAAUAAUAACUGAUUAUUAAUAAAACAUAGUAUGAUAUUGUCAGUAUUCUUCAUUCCACGAUCAUUGAGAAUGUGAUGAUUGAUGAUUCUAAUGAGUUGUGCAAAGCGUCAUGCGUGAUUCUACGUUGAUUUUUAAACUGUUUUUUCCCAACUGCUAAAGGGAAAACCACGGCUUUGACUGGCUUUGUCAUAUUGUCCGAGCUGUGCUUCAAUAUGACAAGAAGAUUCUUUGUAUAUGGAAAAAAGUUGUGAAAAAAUAUGCAGAAUGAUUGGUCUUAGAAAACAUCUGACAAUAACAGAACAAAACCUGUCAAAGCCGCCAUUUCCCUUAUAUUUUUUCCUUUUCUUCUGAUUGUUAUUAUGAAUGUUGUCUCGCUACUGGAUUACGGGCUAGUUACCGAGACUAUAUAAACUUUUAAUUUAUCACUGUGUUGAAAAAAAAGCAGAAAAACAAGUCUACGAAAUAAACAACCUUCGGGAGAACAAAUUUCGAGAGAACGGUUUUUCCGGAGAUCCGUUAUAGAAUCUAUCAAAACCGAGUACAUCAACUUAUAAGAAUACAUACACUGACAUAAGUUAAAUUAUACAAAUCAAACCACACAUUGUAUAUUUUAUUACUGCAAGCAAACUGUAUGUAAAAUUUGUACCAUACUAGAACAAAAUAUAAAAAAAAAACAAAUCAAGCAAACAUGCGUGAGUGGCAAGCGAUUUGAUAUCCGAUAUUGCACACUCUCACAGACACACACACAUACGUAGUACACACUCUUUUGGAAACCGCGCGCUCUCGCUGCGCGAGCGCUUAUGUGUGUGAAUACCUGCUGUGCCACGUGUCGUGCAGUAGCAAUCCAUUUUGUAAGUGUAGGCAUGUAACUUUCUGUGCGGAGUGAAAAAGUAAGGGAAUGUGAGCGUGAAUUUUUACGUGUACUGUAGCAAAAAAACAUAAUUGAUAAGAAGCAAAAAAACAAAGCAAAAUCAUUAUAAUAAUAGAACCAAUAAAGUCAUUGAACAAAUUUUCGUAAGAAAAAGUAUCGAAAACAAUACAUCAAACGAACGAGUGUCCUUUAUUUGCGAAGCAUAACCUGCAUAGGUGUUAUCGGAGAUAAGAUAGAAAUAAGAACGGUUGAAUGAACGAACGAAGAAUGAAUGACCGAAUAACAAAGCAAUCACAGAAUAUCGAACGAGAGAGUACGUUUGAAAGUUUUUUUUUCUUUUUUAGCAUUAGAGUUUUCCUCUAAAAAUGUUGCUUGUGUAAAGGUUGUGCAAAUGUUGAAACCUCUCAUUUGACGAUGGUUCAACGUAUUCAAAAUUAUUAUGAUAUUUGCACAAAGUGUAUUUCCAGCGCAUAUAAUAACGCAAUAAUUUAAAAAAAAUCAGCUGCCAAAAUUAGCGUUCGUCUGAACCACAAAUUGGAAACAAAAUGAAGUACUUUUUUCAGAAGCUAGAUUUAACUGCAAUUAUUAUUUUUUAUUAAAAACACCACAAAACCUUAAAAACCUACCAUUCAUAACAAAUAACUUCAUAAGUUUCCGUUCACACCUUUUGUUUAGCAUAAUAAUGAAGGUUAGCAUCCGUAUUAUGAGUAGUCAAAAAUGUCCUGAAAACGAAUACCAUCAGUUGAAUUUAACUGUUGAUUAGACCAUUGUUGGCAUUGCAAACAAUCAAACAUUUUUUUUUAUUUCAAAAUUGUGAUUUUUAUCUCCAAAAAAUACACAAGUGAUAAUAAACCACUGUAGCUAGGAGAACCUAUUCGGUUACAACAUACACACAAUACACAAACACGACCCUUUCUAUACCUAUAUUGAACGACAGAAAAGAUGCAAAGAAUCAAAUAUUAUUAUUUUAUUUUGUUUAUUUAAGCAUUUAUGUAUUUAAGCACAACUGGAAAUUUGAAGAAAAAUACGUUAUAAUAUAUUUCAUUUGAUCAGUAUGAA